CUUUUAAUUAGGUGGCGCGAAAAUAACGCCCUUCUCUCUCUCUUUAAUCUUUCAUCUCUCUGAUCCUUCAAUCUCCUCCCGAACAAUUUCAUCUCUCUAGAGUUUUUGGUUUCUUCUUAAUCACACCAGCAUUCCUCAUCGCCGCCGGAGAAAUACUUAUUAGAUCGAGUUUUGCAUUUCCCCCAUUUUGAAGAUAAAGAUUCAGCGAGGAGAAUCACGGGAUUGCUUUUUCUGAAAUCAAAGCGCUUUAUUUCUUCUUUUCCUGGUUAAAAAAGAACUCCCUUUACUGUUUCAUACUGUUUAGCUCGAAUAUAGAAAGAACUGAGAGAGGCGUGAACUACUGACUCCACUCAAUGCAACUUUUGUUUCCUUAGCUUUGAAUGGAUGUAGCAACAACAGAUUCCACAAGACGACGCCGUCUUAUCCCAUCCGAUAAGAACAACAAUGCACCCGCUGCCACCACUCGCCGUCCUCGAACAGCUGAAGUCAGUUCGAGAUACAGAUCACCCACACCAACCAGAACCGGGAGAUGUCCUUCUCCAAGCGUCACAAGACCGACAGUCUCUUCAACCUCUCAGUCCGUGGCCGCCGCCAAAAGAGCGGUUUCUGCUGACAGGAAGCGUCCUUCAACACCUCUCUCUCCCACAACUUCCUCCACGCCUAUACGUGAUGUCUCUGUAGACUUACCCGCUUCAUCCAGGCGUCUAUCUAUGGGCCGUUUGCCUGAAAGCUUAUGGCCUUCCACUAUGAGAAGCCUCAGCGCUUCCUUUCAGUCCGAUUCUGUCUCUGUCCCUGUUAGUAAGAAGGAGAGAACGGUUAGAAGCUCUUCUGUUGAUCGAACGUUGAGACCUUCUUCGAAUAUAGCUCAAAAGCACAAGGCUGAAACGACUUCUGCAUCAAGGAAACCUACGCCAGAGAGGAAGACAAGUCCACUGAAAGCGAAAAAGAAUGCAGAGAAUCUUUCAGAGAAUUCGAAACCUGCAGAUGGUGGUCACAGUAGGUUAAUAGAACAGCAUCGAUGGCCUAGUAGAAUCGGUGGUAAUCUCGGUUCGAAUCUUUUAAACAGAAGCUUAGAUCUUGGCGACAGGACUUCAAGGGGUCUACCAACUUCAGGGUCUCGAAUGGGACCGUCUCUUAGGAGAAUGUCACUACCUUUGUCCAGCAGUUCCAAACCGUUGCAUAAAACUUCUAGUACCGCAUCUAGUCUAGGUGGAUUAUUGUCUCCAACGAAGUCGGAGGAUAAUAACGUAGCUCGAGCUUCUGGUGCUCAAAGACUUCUGUCUGCAAGUUCGAUGGAUAGAGCAACCUUAGCAACUGCUGUAGCUAGGCUGCAUCCACUGUCUGCUCCUGGAUCUCGCCCUGCUUCACCAAGUAGAACAUCGUUUUCGUCUUCAUCUUCUGUUUCCCGAGGUAUGAGCACUUCGAGAGGAGUGAGUCCUGCAAGAGGACUAAGUCCUUCACGUGUCACAAGUACCUCCUCUUUUGCUAGACCAUCAACUCCACCUUCAAGAGGGGUAAGCCCCUCCCGGAUAAGACAAACAAGCAACUCUACACAAUCCAGCACCGCGAGCUCUGUUCUCAGCUUCAUCACGGAUGUGAAGAAAGGCAAGAAAGCAAGCUACAUCGAAGACGUUCAUCAACUGCGUCUGCUCCACAAUAGAUAUCUACAGUGGCGGUUUGCAAUUGCGCGAGCUGAAGCUGUAAUGCACAUUCAAAGAUUAACGUCCGAGGAAACUCUAUUUAAUGUGUGGCAUGCGAUAUCAGAGCUACGGGAUGAUGUGACCAGCCAAAGGAUUGGCCUGCAACAGCUGAAGCUAGAGAUCAAACUCAACUCACUACUAAACGACCAAAUGGUGAAUCUUGAAGAAUGGGCCGCACUCGAAAGAGACCAUGUUAGUUCUUUAGUUGGGGCCAUAGCAGAUUUAGAAGCUAAUACUCUCCGCCUUCCAGUGUCUGGAGGUACAAAGGCGGAUGUUGGAUCUUUGAAAACAGCUAUGUCCUCGGCUCUCGAUGUAAUGCAGGCUAUGGGAUCGUCCAUUUGGUCUUUACUCUCAAAGGUGGAGGAGAUGAAUAAAAUGGUGUCAGAACUGGCUGUUGUAGUUACAAAAGAGAGUUCUAUGCAAGGGAAAUGCGAAGAUCUUUUGGCCUCAACUGCGAUCAUGCAGAUAAAAGAGUGUAGCUUGAGGACUCAUCUGAUACAAACUAAGAGGGAAGGAGAAGAAGAAAAUACAGAGGAGGAGACUUCUUCAUUGUUGCCAUUAAGCAAGCUUCCGUGGCCAUAAUUAACACACUUACGGUUCCACACGCUUACCACUGAUGACUGAUCUGUAAAUUGCUCUUUGAUACACCCACAUUUCUCUUAGAAGUAUUUUUAUUUACUUUCUUUUUUGUUAUGUAACAUUAGCAUAGGAAUACAGCAAAAGGAAAAAGCAAUUUAUUUGUUCCCAUAGGAACACAGCUCUGA